AUGGUGUUGAAUUUCAGUAUCAUCAAGGAGAAACAAAAGCAAAAAGAUGAACUUCCCACAACUCGUUCGAAAUUAUAUCCUAAGAAAAGUGUUUAUGACAGAAAACGUAGGUCGCCUGCCUUUUAUUGGACAUGUAUAUUGGCCACCUGUCUAGCCAUUUAUCUGUUGUGCAAGGCUACUUUGGGUGACUCGUCGUUUGAUCCCCUGUCAGCGAUUAAUAAUUAUAAUUCAUACGGUAGUUAUCCCUUGAGUCGUAGUUCGAAUAAAAAUUAUAAAAACGCCAAAGAAUUAGAAGAUGUUGAAUAUUAUGACUAUGAUUUCCGUUCCAUUGAUGAAAUGAGCUUCCAUAACUUUGAUCAAGGUGAACAACAUUAUUUGAUUACUCAAUAUGGCGGGGAUGUGGUAACUUCUAAGGAUAAAGAACGUUACAUCCAAGAGAUGGAAAAUUUACUAAGUUCAUCUGUAGAUAAAUAUGAUCUAUCUCAAUUCGAAGGUACUGCUAAUGGUGCUGAAAAUCGUGAACAUUUAUUAUAUUUGACACCAUUAAGAGAUGCAGAACAUGUCUUGCCAAUGAUGUUUAAGCAUUUAAUGAAUUUAACUUAUCCACAUGAAUUGAUAGAUAUUGCUUUCUUAGUUUCAGAUUGUUCCGAAGGUGAUAAAACUUUGGAUACCUUAAUCACAUUUGCUCGUCAUUUACAAGAUGGUACCCUUGUAGAUAUCUUUAAAGAUAUGGAUGCGUCUAUUGCCAAGAGUGAAAAAAAGAAUGAAAAUCCAAAUAAGCAUUAUUUGAAAUUUAUGGAUCAAAAUUAUAUUAAAAUGGCUGAUGCAUCAUUUGCUGGCCCACAUCAUAACGAAUAUAAUAAGCCUUUCCGUUCUGUUCAAAUCUUUCAAAAAGAUUUCGGUCAAAUCAUUGGUCAAGGGUUUUCUGAUAGACAUGCUGUUAAAGUCCAAGGUAUUAGAAGAAAAUUAAUGGGUAGAGCAAGAAAUUGGCUUACUGCAAAUGCUUUAAAGCCUUAUCAUUCUUGGGUUUAUUGGAGAGACGCAGAUGUAGAAUUAUGUCCCGGUUCUGUCAUUCAAGACUUGAUGUCCAAAAACUAUGAUGUCAUUGUACCAAACGUUUGGAGACCGUUACCAGAAUUCUUAAAUAAAGAACAACCAUAUGAUUUGAAUUCUUGGAUGGAAUCAGGUGAAGCUUUAGAACUGGCAAAAACUUUAGAUGAAGAUGAUGUCAUUGUUGAAGGUUAUGCAGAAUAUCCAACCUGGAGAGUUCAUUUGGCUUAUUUAAGAGAUCCAAAUGGUGAUCCAAAUCAAACUUUAGAUAUUGAUGGGGUCGGUGGUGUUUCUAUUCUUGCAAAGGCAAAGUUAUUUAGACAUGGUGUUCAUUUCCCAGCUUUCACUUUUGAGAAUCAUGCAGAAACUGAAGCAUUUGGUAAAAUGGCUAAGAAAAUGGGAUACUCAGUAGGAGGUUUACCAAAUUAUAUGUUAUGGCAUAUUUACGAACCAAGUGAUGAUGAUUUAAAAGAUAUGGCAGCUAUAGAAAGAGGAGAAUAUAACCAAAAUUGA